UAAAUAAAUAUAAUCAAGUUUUAGUUUUCAAUUGUCGAGAAUAUUUAUUUAAAAUAGUAAGAACAUGGAGAAACAAAAUAAUAGCGAUCUUUCGAGUAUACAAAUUAAACAAAUGAUGGCAAAUGCCCAAAAAGAAAUUGAAGCGCGGAAGAGAAAACUACUGAAAUCACAAAUAAGUAAUGCUCCAUCUCUGCUUACGAGAAACAUGCCAUUGUUAGAUGUCGAAAGAGCAAAUAAAAUAAAAGAGUUACAAGAGCAAAUUAAGGCUAAAAUAGGAAUCAUUCCACAACAGCCAGUUGCCUUAAAACCAACGUCUUUCAUUUUGGACUCUGAAGGAAGAACUAUAGACCAGACCGGUCGAGAGGUAUCUGUCCCUUUACUUCAGCCAACACUCAAGGCAAACUUGCGAGCAAAAAAAAAAGAAGCGAAUAAAGUUCAUUCGAAUGAGAAAAAGUAUGAUGAAACCACAGAUAAUAAAUUUCAUGAUGAUCGACUCCUUAUCAAAGGUCCCAUACGUCCUAAAAGAGCUUUGCGUUUUCAUGAACCUGGUAAAUUUCAAAUCAUGGGAGAACGACAACGAAUGAGUGCUCAAUUGGAAAAAUUGCAAGCUGAAAUCUCGCAGAUAGCCAGAAAAACUGGAAUAAGCUCAGCAACCAAAUUAGCCCUCAUUGCACCGAAAACUGAUGCCCAUUUAGAUGACACCCCCAAUAUGGAAUGGUGGGAUUCCGUGAUACUUUUGCAAGACUUAGAUACACUUGAUCAGGAAGGAAAUAUUUCUAUAAGAAAGUCUGCCAUAACAAAUCUCAUUGAGCACCCAACACAAAUGCGACCUCCAAAUGAAUCAUCCAGACCUAUAUACUUACCAGUUUUCUUGACAAAGAACGAAAAGAAAAAAUUACGUAGACAAAAUCGUCGCGAGCAAUGGAAAGAUCAACAAGAACAAAUAAGACUAGGAUUGAUCGAACCGCCAGAACCAAAGUUACGUAUAUCCAAUUUGAUGAGAGUCCUCGGUACUGAGGCAGUCCAAGAUCCAACAAAAAUUGAAGCGCAUGUCAGGGAACAGAUGGCAAAACGACAAAAACUACAUGAAGACACUAAUAACGCACGAAAAUUAACUACGGAGCAAAAACGUGAGAAAAAAAUUCGAAAAAUUAAGGAAGACGUAUCCUUAGGAGUACAUGUUUCGGUUUAUAGAAUACGAGAUUUACAUUCAAAUGCCAGUAAAAAGUUUAAAGUAGAAACUAAUGCGAAACAAUUGCUCAUGACCGGAAUUGUGGUUUUGUUUCGAGAUUGUUGCGUGGUUGUUGUAGAAGGUGGACCAAAACAACAAAAAAAGUAUAGACGUCUUAUGAUGAAUCGUAUUAAGUGGGAUGAGGAUUUGGUUAAAGAUGCAGAUGGUAAAGAAGUUCCAAAUACAUGUGUCUUGGUGUGGGAAGGAAUCAGCCAACGAAGAAAUUUUGGAGAAAUAAAAUUCAAAAGCCUGCCAAAUGAAAAAGCAGCAAGGGAUUUGUUCCAAAAACAUCAUGUUGAACAUUAUUGGGAUCUUUCCUAUUCUGGAGCUGUUUUAGAAUGCUGAGAAUUUUCACAUAUGUAUUCGUAUGGUUCUGUUAACUGGGAAACUCAUUUGUCAACUGGGAAAA